CUUGUCAAAGACCGAACCUCAACCGCCUGUGCCAUGACUCCUGAACAAACACCUAGAAGGCCAAGACAAGCUGGGCAUAAUUAGAAGGGACGGAACGUGGAGAUUAUCUACUGAGAUGUACUAGUUGCAUUGCUAAUUAAUUGCUCAAUUCAACGCGUGGCGCGGGGACGUGGGGCAGAUAAAAAUGAUCACGUGUAGAAUCCUAACUUACAACGCCGUUCAUCAACAGAAACAAUAGCUUUUCGCUCAAGCGGAAGCACUGAGCAGGGCGCCUGCGAACAUUCGAAAACGGAGGGCGCCAUGGAGACCAAACCAGUCAUUCGCUCUGCAAUGCCACAGGAAAUCCCUGCCAUCGUGGAUUUCGUGCUCGCGGCCCGAAACACCAUGUUUUCGCGGGUCCCGGCAAGCUUACACAUCCCCAAAGUCCAAGCCGAGCUGGCCAAAUUCCAGGAGGACUACCUCGAAGAUCGUGAGGGAGGCUUUCUUAUUGCUAAGAGCAAUGGACAGAUCAUAGCUACCGUUGGCUAUGUCGCGUACGACAAUCGAUUUCCCCAGCUGGAUUUCGGUAGCGAGCGAGUCGUCGAGGUGGUCAAGCUAUACGUCGAUCCCAAGUGGAGGCGAGCAGGACUGGCCACAAAGAUCUUCGCAGCACUUCAGCGCGAGGCUCGGCAAGCUGGCAUUAGACGGUUGUAUUUGCACACGCAUCCGUUUCUGCCAGGCUCAGUCCGUUUCUGGGAACGCCAAGGUUUCCAACUUGAAUGCGUCGACAAAGAUCCGAUUUGGCAGACGACACACAUGUCCAAAGUGCUUCGAAGAGACACUGACUGAGACAAGAGGCACUGAUGCUGCUGCGUGAAGAUCGUCGCUUCAGGGCCGUUGGCGCGUCAGACUGGCAUCGUUUCGCAGUAGCAGGGUCCCGGUUCAUCGGACGAU